CAAUUCAACUAGCUAGUGUUGCUUUCCGAGCGACUAGGGUUUCUUCCGGCGGCGGCGAGCGGGCGCGAGGAGGCGAUGCUGCCCGCGGAGAACGAUCCAGUGGCGGAGAAGACGGCAUCCGAUGGGAAGAAGCCGCCGGCGGGGGUGACUUCGUCCGAUGGGAAGAAGCCGCCGGCGGAGGUGACGCCGCCCGAGGAGAAGAAGCCGCCGGCGGGGCUGACGCCGUCCGAUGGGAAGAAACCGCCGGCGGAGGUGACGCCGCCCGAGGAGAAGAAGCCGCCGGCGGGGGUGACGCCGUCCGAUGGGAAGAAGCCGCCGGCGGAGGUGACGCCGCCCGAGGAGAAGAAGCCGCCGGCGGGGCUGACGCCGUCCGAUGGGAAGAAACCGCCGGCGGAGGUGACGCCGCCCGAGGAGAAGAAGCCGCCGGCGGAGGUGAGGCCGGGCCGCGACGACCGCUACACCCUCGGCGUGCCGGACCCGUACUCUAAUCUGUUCUGCGCCCUUCUCGGCAUGGCAUUGGUGUCGGUGCUGUACGUGUGGCUUACGCCGUGGGUGCUGAAGCGCGUCGCUGGCAAGCCAACGGCCAUCGUGUUGGCCUCCUCCCUCCUCGCCGGCUGCUACAUCUUACUUUGGACGAUCACCUUAUCAGAAACCAUGGGUUUCCUCACCAUCUUCUUCCGGGGUACCUAUGUUGUCUUGCUGGCCCUGACUGCCGCUCACCAUAUCGGCCCUGAAAGUGGAGCGGCAUUUGCGAGCCUUUGCACCUUCUAUGCCGCAGGGAUGCUUGGGUAUGCUAUCGCGGAGCAUCGCCAGCUCGCUGGGAGUGAGAAGUCCGCAAGUGCUGUGGUCACCCCUCCCUACCGGGGGGAAGAGCAUCAGCAGCGCCGCGAGGGGUGGUUCUUCUACGGUUGUUUCAUACAAGGCAUUACAACUUUGUGCUUCCUCGUGCGCAUGGCGUGGGUGAUCUUCUUUCCGGCAGACGUUGCCUUUUCGGCAGACGACCCAGCGGACCGGAUCUUGCUUGUUGUUGAGGAGCUCUCGCUUGAGACGGUUGCUCUCGCGUGGUUGUGGAGUGACUUCGUGUCUUUGGUUCUCCUGGAGGAAGCUCUUGUCUCUCUGGAGACAAUGUUCAUUAAGGUACCUGCUUUUUUCGUUGCGAUAUACACACUUAACGUUGUACUCUUGGUUGCUGUGAGCAGUGCUGCCGGGUUGUUGGUCCUGUUGCCUGCCCCAAUUGCCAUGUCUGGAUUCUUGGGGUACUGUCUUGCUGUGUAUGCCCGCUACAAGAAGACUAGAGCAAGGGUAGGUGUCAACAGCUUCUCACAAGGUGGGCCUGGUAGGCUUGACCUGCAAGCCCUUACUGGACAGAAGGCGACUGAGCUUGCCAAGAAGCCUGAGAUUGAUGAGCCUAACCUAAGCCUAGUAGGCCUAGAAGGAGCCUGACCUGUAGCCCUCGCUUCCACAAGGAUCAUGAGCUUGAUGAGUGCAAUCAGAAGCUCGGCCUACACCUUGUUGCUGAAGCUUGAGCUUGAUGAGUGUGAUAAGGAGCUGGGUGCGGCAUAAAACCUUAACAUGUUGAGGAAUUAGCAUCAAUGUUUUAACCUUAUUAUCUCUGUGGAGUGGUUGCACAGAGUGUGAAGUGUGGACUCCUGUUUUACUUCCCGCUAUUGUAAACAAAUUUAUGAUAAGGGUAUCUUUUGUGUGGACUUCAUGAUGGGAAAGAAACCGCAGAAAGUAUUACGUUGUCUAGAUGAUGUUCUGGGUAGAAAUGUUUGAUGACUUAUUGCACGAUGAUUUACUUUGUCUGUAAGAUCAGAGUGUUCAUUUCAUUUGUGUUAUUGAA